AUGUCUUUUGAAAACAAGAACUUAUACGCUUUAUUGGGUAACGACGUGGAGGACGAUUCCCAGGUUCCACCACAGCCUCCAAGAGAGAUUGUGAAGAAUACCACAUCGUCCAAGAAGGCUGACGUGCCCCCACCAAAGGCUGACCCAGCUAGAGCCAGAAAGCCCAAGAAGGGCCCAACAGGCAACGAGGCUGCUCUUAAAACUAAGGUCAACAACAAGGACGUGGCUGCUCCAUCGAGCACUCCAUCCCACAAGGAGCACAAGAAGCCAUUUGACCGUCACUCGAGAACUGGCAAGACCGACUCGAAGAAGAAGUUGAAGCAGGGCUGGGGCUCUAACGAUAAGAGAGAAUUGGACGAUGAGACCAACGCUGCCGGCGAUGCUUUGGCUGAGUUAGAGAAGGACAGCGCCGAAAAGGGUGAGCCAGCUCCUCCAGCUGCCAAGUCAUUGCAAGACUACUUGAACGAGUUGCAACUUGCUGAGAACCAGUUGGGCGGCAAGAGAACCGUGAGAUCCGCGAACGAGGGUGCCGAGGACAAGUGGACUGCUGGCGAGAAGGUGGAGAAGCACACCGAGGAGUACUUCAAGGGCACUGCUCAGAAGAAGCAGAGAGCCAAGGCAGCCAAGGAGAAGAAGUUUUUGGAUUUCGACGCUGUCUUUGCCGAUGAGGUUGGCAGACCUCAGAACGAGUCCAGAGGUGGCUUCAAGGGCACCAGAGGCGGCAGACCCGCCAGAGGCGGUGCCAAGGGAGGCAACAACGGUAGAAAGAACCAGCCCCCAGCGGUGAACGACCAGAACUUCCCAUCUUUGAAGUAA